UAUUUAAGUUUUUCCUUUACCCUUAUUUAUUCAUCAGAAUUUGUUGUUCUUAUCUUGGUUUUAGAACUAAAUAAAGAGUUCAAAGAUAAGAGAAAGAAACAUUACAAUGAGUAUUCCAAAGUUAAACUUGCAAGGAAACUUAUAGAACAAGAGUUGAAAGAUCUAGAAGAUGCAGAUGACUCUGUAGCAAACAACACUAAAGAAGGACCAAGCUCCUCGCAAGAUGCUGCUGAUACGCAGAUGGAUGAGACAUAAGGAAGGCUAAUAAGUGAAUACAUGUCAUGUUUUUAUUGUAAUAAAUUGCUAAAACAAUGUUGUUUGGUCAGAUACUGUACACUGGAGAAGAAAUUAACAGCAGAUUGUAAACAAAUGUACAUAAAAAUGUAUUAACAUAGCAGAUUAUAUCAAGAAAGAGUACCUCUAGCAAACAGUUUACACAGCACAAUGCAAAACACUGAUUCCACUCAAAUUAAAAGUUAGAGCGACAACAAACAUUGAAACAGUUAUUUGUAAACUAAUGAACUCUGUCAAGUAUAUAAUAUAUGCUUACAAUCAGUGGAACACAGUCAUGUUUCUAUCCAAAUAAUUAACCUUGAAUUCACUCGGAUAGCACGAACGGACAAAUUCAGUCUCAGGGAAUUCAGUCUUGCUCGCGCUCACCCUCAACAGGAACUCAGUGUAUUCUGCUGCUGUUUAAUGUAGCAUGGUCGCAUUGUUUCAAAUGAUAGCAUAAUGAUGAUUUUACAGUUAGCUAGUAGAUGUUCACUUUGAAAUCACUUUGAAAUGCAAAAUAACUAUAAAGAAUAAAAACCUCAGUUUAUACACCUCA